AUGCCUCGCCGCCAGGUCUGCGUGGCGCUGGCACUGAAAGAAAGGCCCGCUGAGGAAUCCUUCGACCCUCUGGAUUUGGAGCAGUGCUCCCUCCAAGUGCUGGAGCCAGAAGGCAGUCCCAGCUGGAGCCUCCUGAAGCUGCUGGGAGAUCGUGGCUGCACCGUGGUGGAGCUUGCAGAGUCCUUGCAGGCCCUGGAGCACACAGAGGCUCUCCGGUGUCUCAGCCAUCCAGGUCUAAAGGUGGUUGUGCAGCCAGACUCCCAGGCAGUGCUCUCCGGCCAGGUGGUCAAACUGUGCUGUUGGGCAACAGGACACCCAUUUGUGCACUACCAGUGGUUCAAGCAGGAAGAAGAGGUUCCCCAUGGUAAUUCUCCGGAACUGGUUUUGAAUCCAGUGAGUGUAAAGGAUUCUGGAUUUUACAUCUGUCGAGUGAACAGUGAAUCUUCUUUUGUGUUCAGUCGCUGGGCACGGCUUGAGGUCUGUGAGCUCCAGGGAACACCUCAUGCAAGCUUCAUUGGUUUGCCUGAGAACAAGCUGUGCAUUUGUAUUCAGCCUCAGCCACAAAACCUCACGGUGGGGGAUGCUUUGGUACUGGAAUGCGGAGCUGUUGGAAACCCAAUUCCUCACUACCAGUGGUUCAGAAAUGGACUUCCCCUGGCAAAUGGGAGCAAAAAUGUCUACACAGUGUCUUACGUGGAUGUGGAACAUCAAGGGACAUACUGGUGCCACGUGUCCAACGACCGGGAGGUUGAAGACAGCAAGAAAAUACAGGUCGUUAUAGCCACAGACAAGGUGGCUCUGUUAAUAGGCAACAUGAGCUACUGGAACCACCCCCAGCUCAAGGCUCCCAUGGUAGAUGUCUACGAGCUGACCAGUUUGCUGAGGCAGCUGGACUUCAAAGUUGUUUCUUUGCUGGAUCUUACCGAGCCUGAGAUGCGAAACGCGGUGGAUGAAUUUUUACUUCUCCUGGACAAAGGAGUAUAUGGUCUGUUGUACUAUGCUGGCCAUGGCUACGAGAACUACGGCAACAGCUUCAUGGUGCCCAUCGACGCUCCGAGCCCCUACCGCGCGGCCAACUGCCUGUGCGUGCAGAGCAUCCUGCGGCUCAUGCAGGAGAAGGAGACAGGGCUCAACGUGUUCCUGCUGGAUAUGUGUCGGAAAAGAAAUGAAUACGAUGACACAAUUCUUAUCUUAGAUGCUCUGAAGGUUACAGCCAACAUUGUUUUUGGAUAUGCAACGUGCCAAGGAGCAGAAGCUUUUGAAAUUCAGCAGUCGGGACUGGCCAACGGAAUCUUCCUGAAGUUCCUGAAGGACCGUUUGUUAGAGGACAAGAAGAUCACUGUGCUGCUUGAUGAGGUUGCAGAAGAUAUGGGCAGGUGUCCCCUGACCAAAGGCAGGCAAGCCCUGGAGAUCCGCAGCAGCCUGUCGGAGAAACGGGCACUGACCGACCCCGUUCGGCAAACCGCGUCCUCGGCAGAGUCCCUGGCACGGAACCUGCAGUGGGCCAAGGCUCACGAGCUUCCGGAAAGCAUGUACCUGGAAUUCAAGUGCGGUGUUCAGAUCCAGUUGGGGUUUGCAGCCGAGUUCUCCAACGUCAUGAUAAUCUACACGCGCAUCGUGCAGAAACCCCCCGACAUCGCAGCCUGCAGAGCUCACGUCACAGACUUCCCGCUCGACCUGGAUGUGGAUCCUAAGGAGGCCAACAAAGGAACUCCUGAGGAAACCGGAAGCUAUUUAGUAUCAAAGGACCUUCCCAAACACUGUCUCUACACCAGGCUGAGUUCACUGCAAAAACUGAGGGAACACUUGAUCUUCACUGUUUGCUUGCACUAUGAGUAUUCAGGAAUAGAAGAUGCAAUGGAUGAAAGAAAGGAAGUGAAUGUUGGGAAGCCCCUUAUUGCUAAAUUAAGCCUUCAGCAUGGAUUCAGAAACAGCAACUGUCCCCACACCUGUUGCAUGGCUGGUUAUGCUUUUCGUAAUCCAGUAGAAUCAAGUCCAGAG